UCAUGGACGCGCUACCGGUGGAGCUCUUUCAGCGUAACAGCCGAGCAUGCAGGGGGGAGAGAGAAUCGUACCGAUCCGUGAGGACUGCGUGUACACGAGCUGCUACUGUGAAGAAAAUAUCUGGAAGCUCUGUGACUAUGUCAGAACAUGGAGAACCGCACCGCUCGAACAUCUGCUCGUGGUCUUCAUCUCCAAUGAGAAGAGAAUGGUUCCUCUGUGGAAGCAGAAAUCCGGACGUGGAGAUCUGCCGGUGAUCUGGGACUAUCACGUGAUCCUGCUUCAUGCGGGUCAGUCGGACCCCAUGGUCUACGAUCUGGACUCGGAGCUCUCGUUUCCUUGCAGCUUGAAGCUCUACGCUGCCCAGGCGUUCCGCUCAGACAGUGAUAUCAGGCCCGAGUACCACAGGAAGUUGCGUGUGGUUCCAGCUGACAGCUUCCUGUUGAACUUUGCAUCCGAUCGAUCUCACAUGAGAAACACGGAUGGAUCGUGGAAGAUGCCACCCCCACUGUACCCCCCUAUAUGCACUGCAGACUGCCAGAUGAACCUGGACGACUUCAUCGGCAUGGACCCUGCUGUCGGCUGGGGGAUGGUCUUCAAUAUCGACCACUUCCUGCAGAGAUACUUGGGAAGCCCUUCAUCCUCGUCCUCUUCCUCAUCAGCAGCGAAACCACGGUGUGUUGAAGUGUAGCUUCAGAUGAGCUGAACAGCAAGAGGAGUUGAGGCCUUCCUGUACCUGUUCUGACCAUCAUCAUCAUUAGUUAAUGAGAGUGCUGUUAAGCAUUCACAUUAUUGUUAUCCUUAUCCAUGAUUUUGUGCUACAGAAACUGUUCUG